UUGUGUCCUCCCGUCCCCAUUGGAAAACCAGCAUAUACUUUCAAUACCUCAAAUUAUUCCAGCCCCUCUGGAAAGAAUAUCCCUUUGAGAUGAGUCCCCAUGGCCUUUGAUUCCUUCCUGGCCCCGCCUCUCUCUCUCUCUCUCUCUCCAAAUCCCACACGCACCCGAAUUCGAACAAAUACCCAACUCACACCUCUCCCUGUACAAGUAAUCACCGAUACAUAUAACCUCAGCAAUUAUAACCAUGUCCACUUCUCUCUUUAUAAAUCCUGCUCUCUCCCCACCUUCCUCCUCUGCUUCCUCUCCAUCUUCAUCCAAACAACCCAUUCCUCUCAAAAUCUCUAGUUUUCCCCCUCAAAAACCACAACCCAUUGCCCUUUCUUUGAUGUGUAAGAGACCCAGUAGUGUGGGUUUGAUUCAGAGGACUUGUGUUGCAACUAACAACAUGACCAUUAGUGACUUCAGGGAUGAAGAGGAGGAAAACCCGCCUCCUUUGCUCGAAUCAGAAAUCAGUUCUAAGCCUCGACGUAUUGCUCUCUUUGUUGAGCCCUCCCCCUUUGCUUAUGUUUCCGGGUACAAGAAUCGGUUCCAGAAUUUCAUUAGGUAUCUGCGGGAAAUGGGAGAUGAGGUGAUGGUUGUGACAACUCAUGAAGGAGUUCCCCAGGAAUUUUAUGGAGCAAAAUUGAUUGGAUCUCGAAGCUUCCCCCUUCCCUGGUACCAAAAGGUUCCUCUCUCCUUAGCGCUAAGCCCUAGAAUAAUCUCAGAGGUUGCCAAUUUUAAGCCUGAUAUCAUACAUGCAUCAUCACCCGGUAUUAUGGUAUUCGGCGCUCUCAUUAUCGCAAAACUAUUAUGUGUGCCUUUAGUGAUGUCUUAUCACACGCAUGUACCAGUAUACAUACCAAGAUAUACCUUUAGUUGGUUGGUCGCACCUAUGUGGUUGGUUAUAAAAUUUCUUCAUAGGGCAGCUGACCUUACACUAGUGCCAUCAGCUGCCCUUGCAAAGGAGCUGGAAGCAGCUAGAGUAACAGCAGGUAAUAAAAUUCGUCUCUGGAAUAAGGGUGUUGAUUCUGAAAGCUUCCAUCCCCAAUAUCGUUCUCACGAAAUGCGGAUAAGAUUAAGCAAUGGCGAGCCCAAGAAGCCAUUGAUAGUCCACGUUGGGCGACUAGGUGUUGAGAAGAGUUUAGAUUUGCUCAAAAGUGUCAUGGACAAGCUUCCAGAGGCACGAAUUGCUUUUGUCGGAGAUGGGCCAUACAGGGAGGAUCUUGAAAAGCUGUUUAGUGGCAUGCCAGCGGUAUUCACAGGGAUGCUGGGAGGUGAGGAGCUCUCUCAGGCAUACGCCAGUGGAGAUGUUUUCGUGAUGCCUUCAGAAUCAGAAACACUUGGGCUCGUCGUUUUAGAGGCCAUGUCAUCAGGACUUCCUGUGGUCGCAGCACGCGCAGGAGGACUCAUAGACAUAAUUCCAGAGGACCAUGAGGGUAAAACCGGGUUUUGCUUUAGUCCAGGAGAUAUCGACGACUGUGUGAACAAAUUGAAGCCGUUGUUGCAUGAUGUUGAACUAAGAGAAACCAUUGGAAAAGCUGCGCGCGAAGAGAUGGAGAAGUACGACUGGAGGGCUGCCACCCGGACAAUCCGCAACGAGCAGUAUAAUGCUGCCAUUUGGUUCUGGAAGAAAAAGAGAGCGCAGCUUCUGAGACCUUUCCAGUGGCUUUUCAAGCGUAUUUUCCAGUCGCCCGAAGUCAGCUACUGAAGAGAUGUACUGAUCGUAAACCCUGGGUUCGAAAAUCAGAAAAAAAUAGUGUGGGGAUUUCAAUGGCCUUGUGGGAUGCCUGUUCAAUUGUUUUUGCUUGCAUCGGACGUAUUGAUUUGUAUAAAGUGGACCGCAAGGUUCGAUGUCUGUUGGGUUGUGGUUAAGCAUCUAGGGGAAUUCAUUGAUUUGAAUGUACGCUCAGUGCAAUAAACAGGGGAUGCUGAUUGUUUAUUGCAUUAGUACUUUGUCUGUAACAUACCUGGUUUUUUUUUUUAAUGAAGUAUUGUGAUUUUUUAGGACUUUCA